AUGAAUACAUGCAUUGAACUCCUCAACACAAACUAUACUUGUUCCUUCGUGAGCGUAUUCGUCCCAAAGCGUCCUCCUGAAGCAGAUCACGGCAGCAAUUCGACAGCAGCGCUCCCCACACCUGGUGCUUCUCCUGUUCUUCAUCCACAUCGUCACCAAGCAAGAACGCCCCCGUCCAGCGUCACGCUCAAAGCACUAGCUAUCACCAACAACGACGCCGUUGUUCCCUACCCUUGUCCUCGUCCGAGUACGAUACUACACGGCUUUGUCCUCGAAACAAUGCUUCGACACCAGAAACCCGCCCAGGAUGGCCCUAUGGGUAGAGGGUCACCCAUCCUCGCGACAUUGCUUCGUCGUAUCCGUCUCUCGCUUUCCCGCUCCAGGACCAUGACCAAGACAAUGAGCAACAGGAAACAGAGCGAAAGCAGCACCACCACAGUGCAUCAAUCAAAACUAGAGCCAGAACUCCUCCCACUGACCUUCGGAAUCGAAAUCGAAACACACCUCGCCCACCCAACCCUCCCGCCCACCAACUUCGAACCUCCUGACGGCACCUGGCCCAUAGAACGCCUUCACACCCUCCUCCAGUCCCACUUUGCCCGCCACAACCUUGUGCUUCAGCCCGACCAAACCACCAACAAGACUGCCGACGCGUAUAAGCAGUGGAGGGUGGUGGCCGACUCCUCUCUCGCCGCUUCUCCUUGCGGCUCGAGGACGGCGACCGAGUAUUUGUUAGAACAAUGGCCGGAGCUGAAGGACGUUCUGUCGGAAGUGGAACUGGAGGAGCUUGAAGAAGACAAGCUCAAGUGGACCUACUCAUCCGCCGAGAUCGUCAGCCGCCCCAUGCCAGUCCCAACCCUCGCCUCCACCGCACCAGAACAGCCUGAAUGGGCAGAAGCCAAAACGUACUACGACGCAUUGACUUCCAGCGUGAAACAACUCACCGACGGCACCACCAAAAAGCAGAACAGCAACAAAAUGCCCCUGCUCCCCUAUAUGACCCCAACAGCAUCCCUACACAUCCACAUCGGCCUGCAGAACAACUCCUCCCUCCCUCUCGGCCUCCUCAAACAUCUCGCAGUGCUGAUACUGCACUACGAGGACAUCUUCUCGGAACUGCACCCUCCCCAUCGGACAGGGAAUACUUACGCUUCCAGCAAUCGUUGGGGUGUUCGAAAAGGGUUGCACAGCUGUCAGGACGCGGUGGAAUGUUCUCUCAAUACCAUCAGGGAGAUGGUUGAGGCAUGCGCAAGUAUAGGGGACUUGGCUAGGCUAGUGUGCAUGGGCGGUCCGAAGCCCGAGACUGUUGUAUAUGAAGGAAUCGACCCAGCAGACUGGAACGGAAAGGACGCCGGGAACGGAAAGGACGCCGGGAACAGUGGAUGGGACACCACAGCAGCUGGAGCAGCAGAGCUGAAUCCAGGGCCCCAACCAUGGGACCCCAACGCGCACUCACACCUUCCUGAUGGCCGCUCCUGGACCGAUGUCUGCAAUGAGUUGCCUGGUAUGGACUUCGAACGCGGAUCAUGGGAACAUGUCCCCACUUCAUCCUCUUCCUCAGCUGGCGGUGCUCGAAUUGAAAACGAAAACGAGGACAUAGUCCAGACCGAGGAAAAGCAGCAGCAACAGCAACAAGAAGAGAACGCGGAGACGAGAAGAGAAAACAGACCUGCCUCCAACUCCGUUUCCACCACCCUCGCCAACGAAACUUUCUUCAACUCCGACUCCGUCACACUCGCUUCCGACCACAGCCCAGCGCCCUUUGCUGACUGGAACGCCGGCACGACCCUUGACCCAGCCUAUGAUCAGCAGGGCCACGGUAGCAAAUACACCCUCGUGCGUUUCCAACUGCUCGCUGCCAACGCCCACCCUUCCAGCACCGGCGGGAGAACGAUCGAGUUCCGGCAGCCGGCUGGGACGUUGGAUCAGUGGGAGGCAGCGUAUACGGUGCAGUUGUAUACGGCGCUCAUGCGUGUGGCGGAACGGCGGUGGCGACGCGAUUUGCGACGGGAGCAGAAGGAGGAAGGGUGGGAGGUCGUCGACAACGCAGAAUCAGCAGAAGAAGCAGAAGAAGAAGAGGAGGACGAGGAAACUCCGUCCCUCCCAUUCCUCCUCCUGAACAUCCUCGGCUUGCCGCCAGAUGCAAUCGCGUACUGGCUCGCUCGCCACGAGGAGAUGAAGGUGUUGCAGCAGCAAGCGGAGAAAGAGUCGGGAAUCCCGUAUAACCAGUGUGCGGGCUGUGCACAGGAGCAGGCUGGUGAUCUCUGGGGUCCGGGACCGCAGCCUGAUGUGAGCCGAUGGGAGACACUGGAAGAAGGCAGAGGCGAAGCCGGCGACGUGGAGAGCACAGAGACGAACGAGGCGGAAUCGACUGCAGAUUGGGCAGGCGAUGACGAUGACUUUGAUGAGAUUCAGGCCCGCUUCGAACGCACGAGUGCGCUUGGACUGGGGACUUUUGAAGCUCAGGAGGUCCGAAGGCGACCGGCGGCAGCGAUGCAGCGAAAAUUGAUGAGAUGGUAUCAGUGA